UGGUGUCAUCCCUCACCAUUAUCACUCUCUCACAGUCACUCUCCUCCCGUCUCCGUAAUACGCAAUCCCUUAUUUUUCUCCAGGCAUUUUUCUCCCUACACCUCUCUGUUAUUAUUCUUUCUCGCACCUGUCCUCCCUCUUGACCUAUCUGUUUUGUUUUUUUCCCCCCUCCGGGCCAGAUUGAUUUCUUUGCGCGCACAAGGCAAAAUCAUGUGCCGUUUUCUGGUCUACAAAGGGAGUGACGAGAUUCUUCUAUCAAAGCUGAUUCUCGAUCCGACUCAUUCUAUUCUCAAACAAUCAUUUGAUUCUCGGUUGCGUCUCGAUACGAGACGAGGUCAGAACAACGCAGAUGGCUUCGGCAUAGGCUUCUACACCGAUCCUAAGCUUGGCUCAGCGCCUUGCCUUUUCACAUCGACCAUUCCCGCCUGGAAUUGCACCAAUCUGCAGCGAAUCGCUUCAAAGACCGCCUCCCGCCUAAUCUUUGGCCAUGUUCGUGCCACGACCGAAGGUUCCCUAAGCGAAGACAACUGCCACCCUUUCACACACGGUAGUCUGAUGUGGAUGCACAAUGGCGGUCUGGGUGGAUGGAAAUACAUCAAGCGUCGCCUUGGCGAGCGUCUCGCUGACAAGUGGUAUUUGGGCGUCAAAGGCGGAACGGAUAGCGAGUGGGCAUUUGCCCUCUUCCUCGAUACUCUUGAGCGACUUGGCCACGACCCAAGCGCUUGCCCCGAAACUGGCUUUGGUCCGACUAUUCUUCGAGAGGCUAUGAAGCGCACAAUCGUGCAGAUCAACGAGAUGACCGAUGCGAUUCCCGAAAGUAUACUGCAGAAUGAGGAUGUCGAUACCCGAAGUUUGCUCAACUUUGCUGUCACCGAUGGCCAUAGCGUGAUCUGCACUCGAUACAUUAGCAGUUCCAAGGAUGAGGCGGCCAGCUUAUACUAUUCUUCCGGAACCCAAUGGACAACACGAACACAAUCUGCAAGUGACAAGCAAUACCAGAUGGAACGCAAGGAUCGGGGCGCUGACAUUGUACUUGUUGCAAGCGAACCCCUGACGUUUGAGAGAGAGAAUUGGGUCAACGUACCAACAAAUUCCAUCUUGACAAUCCACAGACAGACCGUCAUGGUCCAUCCGAUAAUCGACAAGUACUACGAACGUGAUCCGCACCACGUUCGCUCCAGUGCAUUUGUCCAGGCUAAGGGACUUACAUCAAAUGAGAAGAACCGAAGUGACGUUGCUAGUCCUGCGGGAGUUGAUCGGCAGCAACAGGAGCUUGAUGGUUACCGCAAGAUGAUGACAGGCACUCUCAACUUUGGCCCACCUAGGAGCCUCAGUCCCGAUAUGUGCCGUCAGACCAGAAAGGUAGCUCCUGUGUGUGAGUCGAUACCUGUGCCUCAACCACAAGCGCAGCCUCCACCUGCACAGACAACCCCGCCAAGUGAACAAGGCAACAAACCAGCCCCAGCACAGGGAAACAUCAAAGUUAAGAGACGAUCUGUUCAGCUGCUGGAUGGCAACCAAGGCCAAAGUUCAAACGAUUACGAUCAAAUCUCGGAUACAGAAGAGCCAACGAGGGCAGAUGUGCAUAAUCCUAGGAAGCUUUCGCGGUAUUUCCCUGAACUGACGCUCGCAUCGCAUGCGGGGUCUUAAAAGGAGGGGAGGGGAAGGCUGGGGAAUAAGGCAAGGUAAUCUGGGAAAAUGGCAUGAUAGAAGGGGUCUAGGGGGUGCGAGACUUGGUUUGAGUUUAUUUUAUGACCGUGUGUGCUUGGGCAUCGCACCGAAUAUCUCGGCGCUUGUGGCAUGGUGUUGAGGUGUGAAAUUCAGUGUACUCUAGAUUGGCAUUUCGGAAUUGUUUUUUUUUUUUUCUCUCUCUUUACUUUCAUGGAUACCCUCGUAUCGAAAUCACCAUAUCGAGUCAUAAGAACAAAAUGGGAAUCAAAGUUUACUGUA